UCUGCAUCCGCAUCUGCAUCCGCAUCCGCAUCUCCAUUUCCGUCUCUUGUCUUCCAUCUCUGCCCGACGCCGUUGCCGUUCCCCUUCUCUGUUGACUCUCGCGCCGACAACCAACACACCCGCCGUCCCCUGGAGCCGCACCCGCGGCAUUCCACCUACUCUCGCCCUUGAUGGCGACCACCGACCUGAUUGCAGCGCCUCACGAUGGCCCAGUCCAACAUCGGCGCAGGCCGUUCUCAACGUGGGUCAAGAAGCUCACCAACUUCAAGUCGUCCUCCGACGGCGAGCGCCAGAAGCGACACAUACGGAUAAGGCGCGGUCCCAAGCUCAAUAACCCGUAUCCGCAGUCCGGCCACGUCAGCCAAAGCCACCCCAACGGCCAGCAGAGCUCCUACUCCUUCGCUACCGGCCGUACCGACUGCAGCCUCUCGACGAUAGAUCCGCCAACCCGCUUCUCGGCCGAUGGCUAUGCACCACAGGCCUCCGACGGGAGGAGCUUGACCACGACCAUCUCAACCGAGACCGAAACCGAAACCGACCCCCCUCGAUCCGUCAUUGCACCCAGUCGCGCGCCCAGCUCCGUGACGAGAACAAGCAGGACGAUUGGCGAAGGUCACGAAUCCAGACGAGGCGGCGAUAGCACAUUCUCCAGCCCUUCUCCAUCGGUUAGGUCGCUCGCAACGACGCUGACUACGAUCCAAUCUCUUGCGCCCCAUGGGCAGGCCCCGGUGGCGCCUACUCACAGCAUCACCCAGUCGAUCCAGUUCAGCCAGCCAUUCCCGACGGCUUCGCCAGCGUCGGCCAUACCGGCGCAUCUCAUGCCGUCAAACCAUCUGACGACAUAUGCUUCGGCCACCGCCAACAACCUGCUCACGGACAAUGCAUCCAUUCUGACUUUGGCGUCGUCGAGCAAGAGAGGGCGGCGUCGGUCGAUGGAUACCGAUGCAUCUGUCCGUGCCCUCGCGCCGUCGUCGCUCUGGGGCGGCAGCCGCGAGAGUCUACCCCUGAGUGUCCUCAGCGCCAACAUCGACCCGUCCAGCAUUGGGCCUACGUCCAGUCUUCACAACGCCUCCAGGAUUGGCGCAGAGCGGAACAGCAUAUACUCGGCAACCGGCGUGGCCCCGGCGAUUCCUAGCGAGCGCAACAGUCUCUAUGCUAAGCAGGGCGACGGUGCAAGCGUUAGGAGUGGCCGCCUGGGGCACGGACGUCCCGAUUCUAUCAGCGGCAGCGUUGCACUCGCCAGCCCUCGAGAGGUACCUGAUGAGCAAAGCCUUGGGCAAAGUACAGAGGAGAGCCAGCUAACAUCCGCUUUCAAGGAGGACUAA